CCCGGCCAGUCACAUGGCGCUGUGAGGAGGGCGGGCCGUUGUUUUGUUGCUGGCGGAAGAUAGUAGCCCCCUACCGAGUUUCUGCUCUGCGGUCCUGGAGCAGAUGGAGGCGGUGCUGCGACGAGAGCUCGGCACCUCGGUGCUGAGGCCCGUAGGCCACUCGGGGGGCGGUUGCAUCAGUCACGGCGAGAGCUUCGACACAGACCAGGGCCCCGUCUUUGUGAAAAUUAACUCCCGCGCUGAGGCCAGAAGAAUGUUUGAUGGAGAAAUGGCAAGUUUAACAGCUAUCUUGCAAACACAGACUGUGAAAGUUCCUAAACCUAUAAAAGUUAUUGAUGUGCCAGAGGGUGGGGCUAUGUUUGUUAUGGAGCAUUUGGACAUGAAAAGUUUGAACAGGCAUGCAGAAAAACUUGGAACACAACUAGCAGAUCUUCAUCUUCACAACCAAAAACUUGAGGAGAAGUUGAAGAAAAAUGCAAGCACCAUUGGCAAAGCUGAACAGACAGAUGGUCAGUUUGUAGAAAGGUUUGGGUUCCAUACGGUCACUUGUUGUGGCUAUCUUCCACAGGUGAAUGAUUGGCAAGAGGACUGGGUAACUUUCUUUGCCAGACAGAGAAUUCAGCCUCAGAUGGACAUGAUUGAAAAGAAUUCAGGAGACAGGGAGGCAAGAGAGCUUUGGGCACAGCUACAGCUGAAGAUACCCAGUUUGCUUGGUGAUAUGGAGAUAGUUCCUGCUCUUCUACAUGGGGACCUGUGGGGAGGAAAUGUAGCUGAGGAUGAUUCUGGCCCUAUUAUCUUUGACCCUGCAUCCUUCUAUGGUCACUCUGAGUAUGAGUUAGCAAUUGCAGGGAUGUUUGGUGGUUUUGGUGGUUCUUUUUAUUCUGCCUACCACAAUAAAAUCCCCAAAGCACCAGGUUUUGAGAAACGGCUGAAGUUGUACCAACUAUUCCACUACAUGAACCACUGGAAUCACUUUGGAGGAGGGUACCGAGGCUCCUCUAUAAAUAUAAUGAGAAACCUGGUGAAAUGACUUUCUACUGUAGAGUUUCAGCUCUGUUGAGAAAAAAAAUACACUUCUGCUGUUUCAGCUGCACUGAUGUACAUCUGUCACAGUCAAUGCUGACUUUGCACCCUCUUUCUCCAGCUAAAUUUCCUUUUUGUGUCUCAGGUUUGGUGAUGCAUUAUUUCAAUUUAUCAAAGAACUGACGAAUGAGGUAACCAGACUUGUAUGAAAGAGGCUAUGGGAAUGUUGCUGAAAAUGUCUUAGCAUGCUAGACUGGAGAAAAUUAUCUCUUGUGUGAGUAGUUCGAAAUCUUUGCUACUCAAAACAGCUCUUAAAAUGAAGUCGCAAAAACCCUGGGCAUAUUACUAGCUAUGUCCAAGUGGGCUUCUUCACAGGAAAUUGGUUGUCUCAUUGAAUGAAAUUGUUACAAAGAGAGGCUAGUUUCAAGCAAAAUCUAAUAAAAAAGGUAAUUUAUUCAGUGAAGAGUGGGUGAGGACCAUUUUCAACUGUUGAUAGAUAGGUAAAGUGGGAUUAAACAUCUAGUCUAAGAAAGUACAGGAUGAAACAUGAUAAACAUCUAAUUAGAAAGUUAUAUAUAGCUGAAUUAACAUCUGUAUAGGGGUAGGAUAUGCAAGGUAUUAGCACCUCUAAUGAUUAAAAAAUCUGGUUUUGGAUUUCUGGUAUUAGAAUACAAUAACAUAUUUGGGGGGAAAUGUGCAUUAAAAGGCUAUGCCAUAAAUAUUUUUGGAACACAUUAUAUGCUAAAGACAAGCAACUAGAGAAGCAAUUUUAUUUUCAGGUAUUGAUUUCUUCAUCCCCUAACACUAGGUAGGUGAAAAGGCAUGAUUCUUAGAAUGCAUGUUUAUGCAGAAUUCAGAAUGCUUUCCACUGGUUUUCAGUUAACAUGACAGUACAGCAUUUCCUGAAAGUUUUGAAUGUUGGGAAAACACUAUGAGUUACAAACUAAUUUAUAACUUCAGCAGUGUGUUUGCUUUUCUCCUAUCCUAAUUUCAGUACUAAUAGCACUGGCUGUUAACUGUGGAUUUGGCAGAAAGCUCAAAGAGUAGUUUAAUCAUAGAAUGUUAGAGUUGGAAGGGACCUUGCAGGUCAUCUAGUCCAACCCCCUGCACUCUGCAGGAGCAGAGUUGUGCUUCUUGUGCUGUUUAAAUAAACCCUUUGCCUGAUAACCUCUUCUACUUUCUUUACUGGAUUAGAGUUGUUUAAUUUAUAG